AGAUGCCUCCUGCAGAGAAGGAGAAGGAGAAAACCACCGUCCGCCUGGUGUUCUUCGGGGCAGCAGGCGUGGGCAAGACAGCUCUGAUCCAGAGGUUUUUGCAAGACAGAUUUGAGCACAGGUACAAGCGCACCGUGGAGGAGCUGCACAGCGUGGAGUAUGAGAGUCACGGGGCCCACAUUUGUGUGGAGAUCAUGGACACAAGCGGCAGCUACUCCUUCCCAGCCAUGAGGAAGCUGUGCAUCCGCCACAGCGACGCCUUCGCCCUCGUCUACUCGGUGUGCGAUCCAGAGUCCUUCGAGGAGGUGCAGAGGUUGCGUGACGAGAUUCUGGAGCUCAAGGAGGACAAGUUCACCCCCAUCACUGUGGUGGGCAACAAAGUUGACCUGGAGAAGGAGCGCCAGGUGCGCACUGAGAACAGUGCAUCCACGGUGGAGCUGGACUGGAACGCCAGCCUGGUGGAGACCUCGGCCAAGAGCGGCCUCAACGUGACUGGGCUCUUUGAGGAACUUCUGCAGAAGGUCCAUAAGGUGCACUUGCCCUGCAGCCUAAGCGUGGCACUGCAGCGCCGCAGGGGCACCAUCCCCAAGGACUGCAUGGCACUGCGCCGAAAACCGCUCAUAAAGAAGACCAACAGCUGCAGCGUGUCAUAA